AUGGUGGCAUUCGGCGGUGCCCUGGCCUCUCUCUGCCUGGCUGCUGGCUGCUGGCUGACGGUGGGAAACCCCUCGCUCCUUUCGCGUCAGGCUCCCAACCUCAAGUUCAGAGUUAACGUCGACCCCGAGUGCCGGAGGACUUUCGACAGGCUGAUGGCCCGUCAGCUCAGGUACAUCAUCUACAAGCUUUCUGACGACUUCAAGGAGAUCGUCAUCGAGAGCACCAGCGAGGGCGCCACCGAGAACUACGACGAGUUCCGCGAGAAGCUCGUCAACGCCCAGACUAAGAGCGCUACUGGCGCCGUUGGCAAGGGUCCCCGAUAUGCCGUCUACGAUUUCGAGUACAAGCUUGCUUCUGGCGAGGGUUCCCGCAACAAGGUCACCUUUAUCGCCUGGUCCCCUGAUGAUGCUAGCAUCAAGUCCAAGAUGGUCUACGCCUCUUCCAAGGAGGCCCUCAAGCGCACCCUCAACGGUAUCGCUGUCGAGCUCCAGGCCAACGAGCAGGACGCCAUCGAGUACGAAGAGAUUAUCAAGACCGUGAGCAAGGGUGCUGCCGCUUAG